UCGACAACAAAGUGGAAGACUUUAAAGAAGCAGAGAGGCAACUCCCCAAUUCCUCCCCUUCCUCCUCCUCCCCCCCAAUCCGUCCCAUCCUUUCGUCGCCCGAUCGAUCGCGAUGGUGCAUCAGCCCGAGCCGAUCGGCCGGAGGUGGCAGGAUCGCGAUCGCGGCCGUGUCGGCCUCGGAAUCGCCGUCGCCCUCAACGACGACGUCCCCAGCCCUAGGAAGCUCCACGCUACGGCGCCGAUUGCUAUCUGUUCCACGAGAGUGAGCGGCGUCUCUUCUCAUUCUACGGGCCGCGCGGGGUUCGUUGUGGGGUUCUGCGGCGAAUCGAGGGCUCAAGGCCGCGACUUGCCGGCGGGAGGCGCAUGCGCUGCUGAUUUCCUCAGCAACUGCUACCUCUGCAGGAAGAAACUUCACGGGAAAGAUAUCUUCAUGUACAGAGAGAAGGCAUUCUGCAGCAUGGAGUGUCGUUACGAGAAGAUGGCGAGCGAUGAGUACCAGGAACAACACGGCGCAAAAGCCCGCAAACGAUCGCCGGAGAUCGCCAGCUCCCCCUGCUCCGGCGGCCAACUCUUCUUCACCGGCAUCGUCGUCACAUAAAUUAUAUGCGCAAACACUGCGCCUCCACAAGAGAAUCAUACACAGGCGGCGAGAUCGGCAUCAGUUAAUACGUCGAGAGCUGUAGAGAAAGUUUUCAAAAUUUUCACUUAUCAGUUUUGAACUAGAUUAACAUUUUAGAGUUCCAAAAGGAACCGAGAACCAGACCACACCGACCUGGAUCGAGACUGUAUCAUCUCCCACCACUUAAUAAUUUUUUAUUUUGUUUUCCAA